CUGCUGCUGGAGGACACCAAGGAUCAUUCACAGCAUGACGUCCUGCAGGGGACAGAAGGAGGCAGAACCAACCAAGAAACAAGAAGUUCUAUCUAAAACAAAGCAGCAGCAGGCCGCUCGCAGCGCUCCGUGUGCUGCACCUUGACGAGCCAGCAUGGACCCACGAAAAGUGACAGAGCUGAAGGGCUUCGUGCAGUUGUGCGAGUCCAAUCCAGGAAUCCUGCACCUUCCAGAAAUGGGCUUCUUCCGCACCUGGCUGCAGAGUAUGGGCGCCAAUAUCCCUCCUCCGACCAAGAAGCAGGAUUCAUGCCAGGGUGGCUGUCCAUGUGGUCCUUCCCCUUCAGCUCCGCCGCCUCCUGAGCCUGAGCCUCCUGUGGACUUUGAGAGCGAGGAGAGCGAAAUAGAAAUCGACAACGAGGGAGUGAUUGAGCCGGACACAGAUGAGCCGCAGGAAAUGGGAGAACCUGAAAACACUGAGAUUACAGAGGAGAUGAUGGACCAAGCCAAUGAGAAGAAGAUUGAAGCCAUCAACGCUCUAGGAGAAGGUGACCUUCAGAAAGCGUUGGAUCUUUUCACGGAAGCCAUCAAGCUGAACCCUCGCUUAGCCAUUCUUUACGCCAAGAGGGCGAGUGUGUACAUUAAAAUGCAGAAACCCAACGCAGCUAUCAGAGACUGCAACAGAGCCAUCAGCAUCAACCCAGACUCUGCACAGCCCUACAAGUGGAGGGGCAAAGCUCACAGGCUGCUUGGUCACUGGGAGGAGGCAGCCAAAGACCUGGCCACAGCCUGUAAACUUGACUACGAUGAUGACGCUAGUGCGCUGCUGAAGGAAGUCCAGCCCAAGGCCAAUAAAAUCCUGGAACACAGACGCAAAUAUGAGCGGAAGAGGGAAGAGAAGGAGAUCAAAGAGAAACAGGAGCGCGUAAAGAAAGCUAGAGAGGAGCAUGCACGAGCACAGAGGCAGGAAGAGGAAGCAAGGCAGUUUGGAGGAGGAUUCUUCCCAGGAGCUGCUGGAUUCCCGGGCGGGGCCCCCGGUGGUAUGCCCGGUCUGGGUGAGCUCUUCAAGGAUCCUGAGCUGCUCAACGCCAUGAAGGACCCUGAGGUCAUGGCUGCAUUCCAGGAUGUGGCGCAGAACCCGGCCAACAUCUCAAAGUAUCAAAACAACCCCAAAAUCAUGGCCCUGGUCACCAAGCUGAGUGCCAAGUUCGGAGCCCCCCCACAGCCAUAGGUGGGAAAGAGACCAGAACCGAGUGGUUUAAACAAUCCAGAGAGCGCCGCUUUUCAACAAUUAUUCACUGUGUUUAGUUCAAAGUGGGGAGCUGAUGAUGUGUCAACUGGUGCAGUGUCACAAAAAAACCAUCGUGCAACUUUUUACAAUGUUCCUAAUCAGCCUGUUAGCACUUAGCGACAUCUGAAUAAGGCGAUAAUUCAGAAGCAGGUCUGGUUCUUCAGUACCUUCACAGAUGUGUCUCAGCCAGGACUUUAUUUAACCGCUGGUUGACUUUUCUUAACCUCCAUCUGAAAGAGCUGCACUGAGAGCCCCUUCAUUAACGCCUAGCCUUUCUACAAACAUCUAAUAAAUGGUAAAGCUUUCCCUCUGGUUUCCUCUCUGAACACACCUGAAAGUCUCACACAGGUAUUGAUGUGUUUUGUUAUCAGAUCUGUUAAUAAGUACUAAUGUUGAUGUUUGACCCUGUUGGAAAAAAAUAUUCACAAUAAAAACCUCUUGAUGCAAAA